AUGGCUGAGGGCGCCAACAAGGAGUGGGCGAAGGACCACGAGCCCAUCGCCAUUAUUGGCCUGAGCUGCAAAUUUGCGGGAGAUGCCGCCAACCCCGAGAAGUUGUGGAAUAUGCUGGCCGAGGGCCGCGAUGCCUGGUCCGAGAUCCCGUCUACGCGGUUCAAUGCGAAGGGAGUUUAUCAUCCCGACGCCCAGAAGCUCAGCACGACGAACGUCAAAGGCGCCCACUUCAUAGAAGAGGACAUAGGACUGUUCGACGCCGCCUUCUUCAACUACUCGGCCGAGACGGCGGCGGCGAUGGACCCUCAGUACCGGAUCCAACUCGAGUCUGCCUACGAGGCCCUGGAAAACGCCGGCCUUCCCAUGUCGCAAAUUGCGGGCUCCAACACAUCCGUAUACGCGGGCAUUUACUCGCACGACUACCACGAGGGGCUGAUCCGGGACGGGGACAAGCUGCCCCGAUUCCUACUGAUCGGCACCAUGUCCCCAAUGGCAUCCAACCGCAUCUCGCAUUUCUUCGACCUCCGCGGAGCCAGCAUGACAGUCGACACAGGCUGCUCAACAGCACUAGUGGCGCUGCACCAGGCGGUGCUGGGCCUGCGGGCGCGCGAGGCGGACACGGCCAUUGUAGGCGGGUGCAACCUGAUGCUGACGCCGGACCUGUUCAAGAUGUUCUCGUCGCUGGGCAUGCUGGGCCCCGACGGGCGGUCGUACGCCUUUGACGAGCGCGCCAACGGCUACGGCCGCGGCGAAGGCGUCGGCACCAUCGUCAUCAAACGCCUCAGCGACGCCCUCGCCGCGGGCGACCCCAUUCGCGCCGUCAUCCGCGACACCUACCUGAACCAGGACGGCAAGACCGAGACCAUCACCUCGCCCUCCCAGGCCGCGCAGGAGGCCCUCAUCCGUGAAUGUUAUCGCCGCGCCGGCCUCAGCCCGCAGGGCACGCAGUACUUCGAGGCGCACGGCACGGGGACGCCCACGGGCGACCCGAUCGAGGCGCGGGCCAUCGCGGCCGUGUUGGGGGCGGGCCGGACCGACAAGCUCCGCAUCGGGUCGAUCAAGACUAACAUCGGGCACACUGAAGCGGCGUCGGGGCUGGCCGGCCUGAUCAAGGUGGUGCUGGCUUUGGAGAAGGGCCAGAUCCCGCCGAGCGUCAACUUCGAGAAGCCCAACCCGAAGCUGAAGCUGGACGAGUGGGGCCUCAAGGUAGCGACCGAGCUGGAACCGUGGCCCGAGACGGGCGGCGAGCCCCGUCGUGCUUCCGUGAACAACUUUGGGUAUGGCGGAACCAACAGCCAUGUCAUUCUCGAGGAUGCCAGGCAGUGGAUGCAAUCGAAACCCGUCAAGGCGGGCCCCGCCACCCAGGCCGAGGACCGCAGCGACGUGCUCCUUUUCUACGGGCGCGACGAACAGGCCUGUCAACGCAUCGUAGCCAACACCCAGGAGUACCUGCGGAAGCGCAAGCGCGAGACCCCGAACAUGGGAGCCGGGGAAGUCCUCAUGCUGAUGAAGAGCCUCUGCUGGACGCUCAGCACGCGGCGCAGCCGCUUCCCCUGGGUAUCGGCACACGUGGCUACAUACUCAGACGACCUGGACCAAGUCGUCCGCAGCCUGGACGCGCCGCAGUUCAAGCCUGUACGCAUGCCCUCGCGCGCUCCGCGCAUCGGCAUGGUGUUUACGGGCCAGGGCGCGCAGUGGCACGCCAUGGGGCGCAAGUUGACCCACGUGUUCCCCAUCUUCCGGUCCACGCUCUACGCGGCCGAGGGUUUCCUGCGCGGGUUUGGGGCUGGCUGGUCCCUUACGGAAGAGUUGGGGCGCGACGCCGAGACCUCGCGGGUCAAUACCACGGCGCUCAGCAUCCCAGUGUGUGUCGCGGUGCAGAUUGCCCUGGUGCGUUUGCUCCGGUUCCUGGGUAUCUCGCCGACGGCCGUCACGAGCCACUCCUCGGGCGAGAUCGCGGCCGCGUACACGGUAGGGGCCCUGACUCUGCGUCAGGCGAUGGCAGCGGCCUAUUACCGCGCUGCGAUGGCGGCGGACAAGAGGCUGAUGAACGGAUCCGGUGGUGGGCCGAAGGGUGCCAUGGUAGCCGUCGGGGUGGGAUCCGAGGCGGCGCAGGACUUCCUGGGCCGGGUCACCAGCGCUAACGGCAAGGCGGUGGUGGCUUGCAUCAACAGUCCCAGCAGCGUCACCAUCGCGGGCGACGAGGCGGCCGUGCAGCAAAUCGAGGAUCUGGCCAAGGGAGAUGGUGUGUUUGCCCGUCGCCUGAGGGUCGACACGGGUUACCACUCCCAUCACAUGAUGCCCAUCGCUGAGCCCUACCGACAAGCUCUCCGCGAGGCUCUGUCUAGCAACCAAGGAAACGAGGACGAGAGACAAUUUGACGCCGCAGGAAUUCCCGAGGGCGCGCCCUGGGCCGGGCCAUACCGCGCAGCGCUGAGUGCGGCUCUCGAGGCUGAAGCACAAACCCUCAACACAGAAGGAAGCAUCGCCUUCUCGUCACCGGUCACCGGUGGGCGGAUCACGCGGCUCGAACAGCUCGCUGACCCGGAGCACUGGGUGGGGAGCCUACUACAGCCGGUCCAGUUCGUCGACGCCUUCACGGAUAUGGUGCUCGGGGACAUGGACGAGUCGGGAACCAGCGUGGACGUGAUCCUCGAGGUCGGCCCACACACGGCGCUGGGCGGGCCCAUCAAGGAGAUCCUGUCGGAACCCGAGUUCGAAGGCCUCGAGGUGGGGUACAUGGGCUGCUUGGUGCGCAACGAGGACUCGCACGACAACAUGCGGGCGGCGGCGCUGAACCUCCUGCGCAAGGGGCUGCUGAUCAACCAGGCCAAUCUCAGCUUCCCCUGGGGCCGGUGGCCCUUCCUCACCGAGUCGGGCUACACGCGGCGUGUCGAUCCGGAAGACCUGUUCGCCGACCUGCGCAGGACGGGCGUGAACCACGGGCCCAUCUUCCAGAACACCACCAGCAUCGUGCAGGACGGCAAAUCCAAGGAGCCGCGCUGCGUGACGACCAUCGAGGUGGCCGACGUCGGCGGCAACCACGUCGUGCACCCCACCACGCUGGACUCGGUCUUCAUUUCCUCGUACGCGGCCCUGUCCGGCGUGGGCGUGAGCGACGACAGCGCCAUGGUGCCGCAUUCCAUCCACAAGCUCUGGGUCUCGGGCCGCAUGACCACGACGACGGGCCACGCCUUCGCGUGCCACACCACGGUGCCGCGCCAGGACGCGCAGAGCUGCGAGACGGACGUCUCCGUGGUCGACGGCGCCGAGGCCGUCAUCGAGGUGCAGGGCUUCGUGUGCCAGUCACUGGGGCAGGGCGCAGCCGACGCCGAAGACAAGCGGCCGUGGACGAAAGAGCUCUGCGCCAAGGUCGAAUGGGCGCCUGAUCUCGCCCUCUCCCUGGGGCUGCCCGGCGCAAUGCCCGCUGUGAAGAAGCAGCUCAGUGUGUCCCAGGAUCUGGGUGCCGCAGACUGGGACGUGCUGAUGGCCCUGCGGCGCGUGUGCGUGUACUUCUGCCACGACGCAUUGCAGGUGCUCACCGAGCAGGACGUGGCUCGUCUCGCGCCGCAUCAUGUCAAGUUCCAUACGUGGAUGCGGGACACGCUGGACGCCGCCGCCUCGCGUCGCCUGGGCGCCGAUAGUCAUACUUGGGCAAGCGAUGAUGCGGAGAGACGCCAACAAUACACGACCCUGGCGGCUACGAGCGUUGACGGUGAGCUCAUGUGCCAGCUCGGCCCGCACUUUGUGCCUAUCAUGCGAGGCGAGCGGGCGCCGCUCGAGGUCAUGAUGGAGGGCCAGCUGCUGUACAAGUACUACGCCAAUGCCUUGCGGUUUAGGCCUGGCUUUGUCCAGUUCGCCGCAAUGUUGCGUGCAGUCGCCCAUAAGAACCCCCGUGCGCGAGUCUUGGAGAUCGGGGCCGGGACGGGAGGCGCAACGCGGUAUGCGCUUUCGACAUCUAAUCCGGACAAGGAGGUCGGGCCGCUCUACGAUACGUGGCAUUUCACCGACGUUUCCUCAGCUUUCUUCGAGGCAGCCCGAACCGAGUUCGCCGCCUGGGGCAACUUCAUGGAGUUUGAUCAGCUCGAUAUCGAGCGGAGUCCCGAGUCGCAGGGGUUUGAUCUGGCAAGUUACGACAUCGUCGUCGCCUGCCAAGUACUGCACGCAACAAAAAGCAUGGCUCGCACCAUGGAUCAUGUGCAUAGGUUGAUGAAGCCCGGGGCUACCCUCCUCCUUAUGGAAACAACGCAGGACCAGCUCGAUCUCCAGUUCAUUUUCGGUCUGCUGCCCGGCUGGUGGCUGAGCGAGGAGCCCGAGCGCAAGACCAGCCCUUCCCUGUCCGUUCCUCUGUGGGAGAGGGUUCUCAAGGGUGCUGGCUUCAGCGGCAUUGAUGUCGAGAUUCGCGACUACGAAAACGACGGCGACAUGUAUGCUAUCAGCAACAUGUUGUCGACCGCGUCUGCGCGGUCGUUCAAGCUGGCCUCGGACAGUAUCGUCGUCGUCACGAGUGACAAGGCGCCUCCUCCUCGGGACUGGCUUCAGUCUCUACGGCAGUCCAUCGCCAAGGUCACCGGGGGCGCUCUCCCAGCCGUCCAAGCCCUUGAGGCACGUUCCGCCACGGCAGACACAUAUAGCACCAAGAUCUGCGUGUUUGUAGGCGAGAUAGACCAGCCUGUGCUACAUACCCUCAAUUCCGCCGGCCUGCAGAGCGUCAAGAACAUGGCGACGGGCUGCAAGGGGCUUCUCUGGGUGACGCGUGGUGCAGCCGUCGAGUGUGUAGACCCGAACAAGGCCCUCGCCACCGGCUUUCUGCGCAGCCUGCGGAGCGAGUAUGUCGGGCGCCAUUUUCCGACCCUUGACUUGGAUCCGCACACGCCCACGUGGUCCGAGGCGGGCAUCGCAGCCAUCGUACACGUGCUCCAGGCCAGCCUAGGCACCCCCGACGACGUCUACUCCAUCAUGGCGGAGCCGGCGCCCGUGGACAACGAGUUUGCGAUGAGGGACGGGCUUCUUCUGGUGCCGCGCGUGUCCAAGGAUCUGGUGCGUAAUAAAAUGCUGACGCCCGAAGCGCCGGACUGGGCCAUACCCGACUCCAUCCCCGAGGAACCUCUUUUCCAGGACCAACGCCCGCUGCGCUUAGAUGUCGGGAUCCCUGGCCUGCUGGACACCUUGGCGUUUAACGACGACGAGGAGGCCGGCUGGGACGCUGACACGGUGGAGAUAGAGCCGCGGGCGUACGGCCUCAAUUUCCGCGACGUCAUGGUGGCUAUGGGCCAGCUGCGCGAGCGCGUCAUGGGCCUCGAAUGUGCCGGCAUCAUCACACGCGUGGGCAGCGAGGCCGCGGCGCAGGGUUUCGCAGUCGGGGAUCGCGUCAUGGCUUUGCUUCUUGGUCCCUUUGCCAGUCGCGCCCGCGUUAGCUGGCACGGCGUCGCACCUAUGCCGGACGGCAUGAGCUUCGACGACGCCGCGUCGUUGCCCAUGAUCUUCAGUACUGCCUAUGUUGGUCUUGUCGACGUGGCGAACCUGCGGCCCGGCCAAUCGGUCCUGAUCCAUGCUGCAGCAGGCGGUGUCGGACAAGCAGCGAUUAUGCUGGCCAAGGACUACCUCGGUGCCGAGGUAUACGCCACCGUCGGGUCCCAGGAGAAGCGCGAUUUGCUUAUACGCGAGUAUGGGAUCCCUUCUGAACGUAUCUUCAACAGCCGCGACGCGUCCUUUGCACCAGCUGUCCUAGCCGCUACUGGCGGACGUGGAGUAGACGUGGUCCUCAACUCGUUGGCCGGCCCACUCCUGCAGGCUGGUUUCGAUGUGCUUGCGCCGUUUGGCCACUUCGUGGAGAUCGGCAAGCGAGAUCUGGAAGGGAACAGCUUGCUCGAAAUGGCCACGUUCUCGCAAGUAGCGUCCUUCACGUCGCUAGACAUGAUGUCGUUGCUACGCAAGCGCGGAGUCCAUACGCACCGGGUGCUCAGCGAGGUGGCACGCCUCGCGGGAAGAAAGGUCAUCGGACCGAUCCACCCGGUCACCGUCUUCCCCAUGCGGCAGGUGGCGAGGGCUUUCCGGCUCCUCCAGACUGGUAAACACACGGGCAAGGUUGUGCUGUCAGUAGCACCGGACGAGCAGGUCAGGGUGCUCCCAAGAGCCCCGGCGCCGAAGCUGCGGCCCGGUGCAUCCUACCUGCUCGUCGGUGGCGUUGGGGGCCUCGGCCGAUCCAUUGCGCAUUGGAUGGUGGAUCACGGGGCCCGCAACCUCAUCCUGCUGUCGCGCAAUGCCGGCAAGCAGAAUUCGGGGCUUUUUAUCUCGCAGCUGCGCAAAGCCGGCUGCCAUGUCGUGGCCAUCAGCUGCGACAUAGCUAACGAGCAAGCUCUGAGGAGGGCCCUCGAUAGAUGCAAGAGCGAGGAGGGACUACCGCCGAUACGGGGCGUCAUCCAAGGCGCCAUGGUGCUAAAGGACUCUAUCCUUGAGCAGAUGACGCUGGAGGAUUGGGAAGCGGCAAUCCGGCCCAAGGUCGCAGGCAGCUGGAAUCUGCACUCGAGCUUCUCGCAGCUCGGCUCGCUCGACUUCUUCGUGAUGCUCUCGUCGCUCUCGUGCAUCCUCGGCUUGGCUAGCCAGACCAACUACGCGGCGGGCGGAUCCUACCAGGACGCGCUAGCGCACUGGCGCCACGCCUCUGGGCUGCCGGCCGUCUCGAUCGACAUUGGUGUCGUCAAAGGCGUCGGCUUCGUCGCAGAGUCCCGCGCCGUCUCCGACCGCGUACGCAAGCCCGGACAGAUGCUGUUGCUGCCCGAGGACGCCGUGCUCGGGGCCAUCUCCGCUGCCAUUCUCCACCCCCUCGACCAUCCGCAGAUCCUGCUCGGUUUGAACUCGGGGCCCGGGCCGCAAUGGGAACCCGCCAGCGAGGCUCAAAUUGGCCGUGACGUUCGUUUCGUUCCCCUCAAAUACCGCAGGCCACCGGGAGCCCAGGCGGCAGGUCAACAGCUUGGAGAUAGCGAUGUUAAACCCCUCUCCAUGCAGCUGCAGGAAGCUGGCUCGCGUGAGGAGGCGACACGGCUGGUGGGCGACGCGAUCGCCACAAAGCUAGGGGACAUUUUUAUGAUCCCCAUCGAUGACAUCGACCUGGCUAAGUCGCCCGCCCUGCAUGGUGUCGACUCACUCGUGGCCGUGGAGCUGCGUAACAUGUUGAUGCUACAAGCGGCGGCGGACAUUUCCAUUUUCAGCAUCAUGCAAAGCGCAUCUCUGGGCGCUCUGGCGAGUGAUGUGGUGACGAAGAGCGCGCAUGUUGAGAUAGCCGUGGGGGCAUAAUUGAUGGAUUCCAAUUGGCGUGGUGAUGGUGCCUGAAGUCUUGGAAGGGCUGAGCAAGAUAGUCGGCGAUUUUGAACACGAGUACUUCGUACCCCUUGGAAAAUAACAACUGUGCGUUUUCGAUUUGGGUCUUUCCAGGGUUUGACAAGUGCGCAGCAAUCAACAUGAAGUUCGGUUUUUCGUACGUCCGCGGUGAAAGAUAGACGCAAGCAACGCUUCCGAAAAUAAGCGUGACGCGACUGGAAGUGCCAAGCACCACGGAAGCUUGAGG